AUUUAUUGUGUGGCGGUUGCAUGCUGCACUCGCGGCGGCCUGGCCCUCGCCAGGGAGUGCGUGUGUGCGCGCGUGAGUGUGUGCGCGGGGGUGCGCGCGCGGGCGGGAGUGGGCGCGCGCGGGGAAAGGCCCGAAAACACCUUAGUUUGCACCGAGAGACCAUUUGCAGCGGAACCCGAAACUUUGCAAGAAGAAGAGAGCGCGCGGAGAGCGAGCGGGCGAGGGGCAGUGGCAGCGGCGUCGGGGACUAUGGUGCUGCCGGUGCCUCCUCCGCGGGCGUGAAGGCGGUGCUCUCACUCCCUCCGCGGACUCCGCUGUGUCCCAGGAGCUUUUGCUGACAAUUCCAGUUUCCGAACAAACCAUUUGGGCAAUGGUGAGGGCUUCAGUUCGUUCUCCGAUCUGUUGUCAGCCAUGAAUGGAUGGAUGUGAUGUUUGCUAGCCAAAAGGUAUCCCGGUGUGUGUUGCAGUGUGGCAUUAUGCAUGCCCCUUACCAGUGACCCCCCAGGCUUUUUAUGGCUGUGAGCCACGUUAAAAGUUCAGGGGUAAGACGUGACCUUUUGAGGUGACUAUAACUGAAGAUUGCUUUACAGAAGCCAAAAAAGGGUUUUGAGUCAUGAUGCAAGAAUCUGGGACUGAGACAAAAAAUAAUGGUUCAGCCAUUCAGAAUGGGUCGAGCAGCGGCAACCACUUACUAGAGUGCAGCAGUCUUCGGGAGGGGCGGUCCAACGGGGAGACGCCGGCCGUGGAUGUGGGGCCAGCAGAUCUCGCCCACAUCCAGCAGCAGCAGCAGCAGGCUCUUCAGGUGGCAAGGCAGCUUCUUCUUCAGCAGCAGCAGCAGCAGCAACAACAACAACAACAACAACAACAAGUUAGUGGAUUAAAAUCCCCCAAGAGGAAUGACAAACAACCAGCCCUUCAGGUUCCCGUGUCAGUGGCUAUGAUGACACCUCAAGUCAUCACUCCCCAGCAAAUGCAGCAGAUCCUCCAGCAACAAGUGCUGAGCCCUCAGCAGCUCCAGGUUCUCCUCCAGCAGCAACAGGCCCUCAUGCUUCAACAGCAGCAGCUUCAAGAGUUUUAUAAAAAACAACAGGAACAGUUGCAGCUUCAACUUUUACAACAACAACAUGCUGGAAAACAGCCUAAAGAGCAACAGCAGGUGGCUACCCAGCAGUUGGCUUUUCAACAGCAGCUUUUACAGAUGCAGCAGUUACAGCAGCAACACCUCCUGUCAUUGCAGCGCCAAGGCCUUCUAACAAUUCAGCCCGGGCAGCCUGCCCUUCCCCUCCAACCUCUUGCUCAAGGCAUGAUUCCAACAGAACUGCAGCAGCUCUGGAAAGAAGUGACAAGUGCUCAUACUGCAGAAGAAACCACAGGCAACAAUCACAGCAGUUUGGAUCUGACCACGACAUGUGUCUCUUCCUCUGUACCUUCCAAGACCUCCUUAAUAAUGAACCCACAUGCCUCUACAAAUGGACAGCUCUCCGUCCACACUCCCAAAAGGGAAAGUUUGUCCCACGAGGAGCAUCCCCAUAGCCAUCCUCUCUACGGACACGGUGUGUGCAAGUGGCCAGGUUGUGAAGCAGUGUGCGAAGAUUUCCCUUCAUUUCUAAAACAUCUCAACAGUGAGCAUGCGCUGGACGAUAGAAGUACAGCUCAAUGUAGAGUUCAAAUGCAGGUUGUACAGCAGUUAGAGCUACAGCUUGCAAAAGACAAAGAGCGCCUGCAAGCUAUGAUGACCCACCUGCACGUGAAGUCUACAGAACCCAAAGCCGCCCCUCAGCCUCUGAACCUGGUAUCAAGUGUCACACUCUCCAAGUCUGCAUCAGAGGCUUCUCCACAGAGCUUACCUCAUACUCCAACGACCCCAACCACCCCCAUCACUCCUGUCACCCAAGGCCCCUCCGUCAUCACCACCACCAGCAUGCACACGGUGGGCCCAAUCCGCCGGCGGUACUCAGACAAAUACAAUGUGCCCAUUUCUUCAGAUAUUGCGCAGAACCAAGAGUUUUAUAAGAAUGCAGAAGUUAGACCACCAUUUACAUAUGCAUCUUUAAUUAGGCAGGCCAUUCUUGAAUCUCCAGAAAAGCAGCUAACACUAAACGAAAUUUAUAACUGGUUCACACGAAUGUUUGCUUACUUCCGGCGCAAUGCAGCCACGUGGAAGAAUGCAGUGCGUCAUAAUCUUAGCCUUCACAAGUGUUUUGUGCGAGUAGAAAACGUUAAAGGGGCAGUAUGGACAGUGGAUGAAGUAGAAUUCCAAAAACGAAGGCCACAAAAGAUCAGUGGUAACCCUUCCCUUAUUAAAAACAUGCAGAGCAGCCACGCCUACUGCACACCUCUCAAUGCGGCUUUACAGGCUUCAAUGGCUGAGAACAGUAUACCUCUAUACACUACCGCUUCCAUGGGAAAUCCCACUCUGGGCAACUUAGCCAGCGCCAUACGGGAAGAGCUGAACGGCGCCAUGGAGCAUACCAACAGCAACGAGAGUGACAGCAGUCCAGGCCGAUCCCCUAUGCAAGCCAUGCAUCCUGUACAUGUCAAAGAAGAGCCCGUGGAUCCAGAGGAAGCUGAAGGGCCUCUAUCCUUAGUGACAACCGCCAACCACAGUCCAGAUUUUGACCACGACAGAGAUUAUGAAGACGAACCAGUAAAUGAGGACAUGGAGUGAAGGUCUGGGCGGGCUGACCCCGAGAAUGAAGAUU